AUGGUUGGAAAAAACAUGAGUAAAAGCCUCACACUGAAGAAUCCUGGAAGAGUAGCAUAUGAUUCAGGUGGGAUAAAGAUGUUUUGGGAGAAAAAAAUCGAGCAUCACGCAAGACACCUGCAGAACGAGGACAUGAGGGUUCGCAGGAGCGCCCUGAACAAGCUCCGCGUGGGAUGGGCUGAGCAGCUGGAGGGGAGGAACAAGAUGCUGCAGGGCCAGAGGUGCCCAGGCGGGGUCGAGGAGGGUCGCCGAGCCCCUCACACCAAGGACAAGAUGGCAGCCUGA